AGCACUGGUCAUCGAUAUUCUUAAACCGCUGAUGUCACUGACUAUCGAUGUCUCGAUAAUUGGUUAGGUACCCAUCUCUAGCUGUUUUUAUUUUAGAAAAAAAAAACAUAAACAAAACAUAUAAUGAAAAUUAACCACAAAUAUGAGUUCGACGACGAUGUGGCCUCGAUUUGUGAGUCAACGGCCGCCCUCACUGAAGGAUGUCGUCUGCCCGUUAGGAUGCACAAAACGGACGACUGGCCGCUGGCGGAGAUUGUGAGCAUCAAGGAGCUGGACGGGCGACGCCAAUUCUACGUGCACUAUGUGGACUUUAACAAGCGUCUGGAUGAGUGGGUCAACGAGGAGGACCUGUACACCCGCAAAGUGCAGUUCCCGCGGCGAGACGGCUCCCAAACGGGCACCAGCACCGGAGUGACCACUCCCCAGCGUCACCACUCGCUGGCGGGCAGUGUUUCCCGGCCCACAUCGCCGCAACAUCCUGGUUCCGGCGCCCUGGCCGCCAUCCAAUCGACUCCCAGUGGUCAGGUGGCCGGUGGGGCUCCUCCGCCGGCCGCCCUGCCCAGCUUGGUGGCUCCUCCGGGCACGCCCAGCACUGGCGGCGAACUGGUCAAUGGCAACAAUCUGGCUGCAGCCCUGCAGAAGCGCAUUAAUCGCAAGAGGAAAGUGCACGGAGGGUCGGCCCACGGCCACCACAGUCUGCAGGUGCAGCCGCAGCAGCAGCCACUUGCGCAUCCUGCCACGCCACAAACGCCCACAUCCACGCCCGUCCACGUGACGGGCGAUGGUCUGAUCAGUGGAGCGGCCAACGAGGAUGGCGAUGGCUCGCAGGAUGGCAAGACGCCCACGCCGCGGCAGUCGGGCAGCAUGGUCACGCACCAGGACGAUGUGGUGACGCGCAUGAAGAACGUGGAGAUGAUCGAGCUGGGCAGGCAUCGCAUCAAGCCCUGGUACUUCUCACCCUACCCGCAGGAGCUGUGCCAGAUGUCCUGCAUCUACAUCUGCGAGUUCUGCCUGAAGUACAGGAAGAGCAGGAAAUGCCUCGAGCGGCACCUGUCCAAGUGCAACCUGAGGCAUCCGCCCGGAAACGAGAUCUACCGCAAGCACACCAUCUCCUUCUUCGAGAUCGACGGCCGAAAGAACAAGGUGUACGCCCAGAACCUCUGCCUGCUGGCCAAACUCUUUCUCGACCACAAGACGCUCUACUAUGACACGGAUCCCUUUCUCUUCUACGUAAUGACCGAGUUCGACUCGCGCGGCUUCCACAUCGUGGGCUACUUCUCCAAGGAGAAGGAGAGCACCGAGGACUACAACGUGGCCUGCAUCCUCACAAUGCCGCCGUAUCAGCGCAAGGGCUACGGCAAGCUGCUCAUCGAGUUCAGCUACGAGCUGUCCAAGUUCGAGGGCAAGACUGGCUCGCCGGAGAAGCCGCUGUCGGAUCUGGGCCUGCUGUCCUAUCGAUCCUACUGGGCGCAGACCAUACUGGAGAUCUUCAUUAGCCAGAACCCGAGCACGGAUGGCGAGAAGCCCACCAUAACAAUAAACGACAUCUGCGAAUGCACCUCGAUCAAGAAGGAGGACGUGAUCUCCACGCUGCAGAACCUGAACCUGAUUAACUACUACAAGGGCCAGUACAUCGUGUGCAUUAACCGGGACACCAUCGAGCAGCAUCGGCGGGCGAUGGACAAGCGCAAGAUUCGCAUCGACUCCAAGUGCCUGCACUGGACGCCCAAAGACUGGUCGAAGCGCUCCAAGUGAAUGCCAUUACACCGGAUGGAUGUGGAAUCGUUGUAGUUCAUAAGUCUCAUUUACUUCAUUUCAAUUAAAUUCAUUUUUAAUGUUACAAACUA